AAAACCCUAAGCCCUUAUUCAUCGAGCUUCUCCGCUCCCUCUUCUCGGUUCCCCUAUUCAUCGAGCCGUCCCUCCUCUCGGUUUCCUUAUUCAUCGAGCUUUACCGCUCCCUCUUCUUGGUUUCCUCGGGCGACCAUCGCGGCAGCCGAGGCAUCCAACAUGUCGCCCGCUCGCUGUUGUGGAGUUGCUGGGUUUCGCCACCUUCUAGGCUCGCAGUCAUCGUCCUCGGCUAAUAUCACCAACCCAUUCUUGUUUUCCGCCCAAGGAGUUCGGCACAGAAAGCUUGAGGUGAUCCUCACCACGACGAUCGACAAGUUGGGGAAAGCUGGGGAUACGGUGAAGGUGGCGCCAGGGCAUUUCCGCAACCACCUGAUGCCUAAGCUGCUCGCCGUCCCGAACAUAGAGAAGUAUGCUUUCCUCAUGCGGGAGCAACGCAAGCUUUACCAACGGGAUGAAGUGGAAUUGGCAAAAGAAGCUCCAAUCACUCAGCAAGUCAAAGAACAAGAGGAAACAUCAGAUAACAAGGCAAAGCAAGAAAAAUGGAAGGAAUAUCAGGCAGCGGCAAGGCGUCUUGAUAAUUCUCGCCUUACCUUUUGGAGAUACAUCAAAGUUGACAAUGAGAUCCGAACACCUGUAACCAAGGAUGAAAUUGUAGCUGAGGUUGCGAGGCAACUUUCUGUGAACAUCCAUCCAGACAACCUACACCUACCAUCCCCACUCUCAUCCCUAGGUGAGCACGAAGUGCCCCUACGCCUUCCCAGGGAAAUCCCCCGCCCAGAAGGAAGGCUUCAAUGGACUUUAAAUAUAAAGGUUCGCCGGAAAUGAUUCCUCUUUGUGGCCGCCUUAAACAGAUGAUUAUUAAGAAAAUUCUCUAACUUAUUGCAGAACAACCAUGAGCCUUGCAAAUAUUUCAUAAAUUUUGCAAUUUUCAGUGUUUUAUUUAACUCUAAGUGGGGCAAUUUUUCAUUCAAUUGUGAUUUAUGUUUUAUCCAAGAGAGCAUCCUUAAAGAUGUCAACCAAUGGAAUUUGCCUUAGAUCUGCUCCUGAGGCCAGCAGACUUGGCAUCAUAUUAUGAAUAUUGUAGAAUUUUAAAUACUGCAGCAUACCGAACUUGCACUUGGAUUUUGAGGA